UCCCCAUUUCUUGAUUUAUUCUUCUUGAAUCGAAUCAGAAGUUCAGAGACGUUCAUUACAGGGGAAAAGAGGAAGGGAGAAAGAGACAGAAAGAAAGACGAAGCAUGGAAACACAUCUCCUGGAGAUCAACUUGAUCUCUGCUCAGGGCCUCAAGACUCCCUCUCCCAACCUGCGUCGGUUGCAGACGUAUGCAUUGGCGUGGGUGAACCCAACCACCAAGCUCCGCACUCGUGUCGACAUUGUAGGCGGUGAAAACCCUACCUGGAAUGAUAAAUUCAUCUUCAGAGUCUCCCCGGACUUUCUCUCCAGCGAUACCUCGGCCGUUUCCGUUGAGAUCUACGCCAUCGGCUGCCUCAAAGAUGCCCUCAUCGGCACUGUUAGGUUCUUGGUCGGAAACUGCCUCUCCCCUGCAGUUUCAGUUUCUUCCCCUGACACAGUCGUCGCCGGCGUCGGCAUUCCUUGCUUCAUCGCUCUCCAAAUCCGCCGCCCCUCUGGCAGAUUUCAUGGCAUUCUCAACCUUGGAGCCAUGUUGAUCAACGGCUUAGACCUCCUCGGCUUGACGGAAUUCUCGGCGAUUGGGUACCGUGACAUGAUGGGCCAUCAACACCACCGGCACCACCGACGCCACCGACACAAACACCAACACCAACACCGCAGGCGGGAGCAAUCGAACAAGAGCAGUGAGGAACAGUCCGAUUCUUGCGAUAAUUCGUGUGCAGACUCCGGUGAUUAUUCCGACGCUGAAACGUCUUCGGCUUCGUCUACGUCGACCUCAUCGACGGUUCUGCAAGAUUGUAAUGGAAGAAGAGACAUUGCUGCGGAUGGGAACGAAAAAGAUUUGGUGGACUUUGGAGGAUCGCUUUGCGGGUUAGGGUUUCAGCGGAAGAAGAAUCAUAUUAAUAUGAAUCUAGCGCAAUGCUGCACGCGUUGGGGUUUCGGUGGACCUCUCGGCUGACUCCGUUGGAUUAGAACCUGCAAUUUUUUUUUGC